AUGUACUGCCAAAAAUGCCGAACGCCGCUGAAGGUGGACAGUUCCUUAGAUGAUCUCAACCCAGCCGCGUUCGAUCUCUUAGUCGGGGCGGCAGCAAAGUCACAGCAGAAUGCGACCCCUACAGCAAAGCUGAACUAUCCAUCUGAGCGCAAAGCGCUCUAUGAUCGUGUGGCCCAUCGAGCAUCCUCACCGUUACACAAACGAACGAUCCCAGCGCCUCAAGAUGUCCAUGACCAUCCUUCGGUCGAAAUUGCUGGGCGGCAAGCCCCUCCAGACAUGUCUUUCAUUGAGAUCACGCAGUCACAAGUCGUCGAUCACGAGAAGGCCUUGGUAGAGACCAACGGCACCAAUCAAAGCGCUGCCGAUGGACUAGGUGCAGUAGCCGAUGGGGAUUCCAUGAAUGCGAAGGCCAUUAAGAGCGAGAAACUGUUCUCGAUAUUGUCUUCAUACUCGGACAUAGACCACCCAAUCUGCACCGAGUGCACCUCAAUCCUCCUUCAGGCAUUCUCGGCACGCUUGGCCACUGCCACGCGAGAAAGGGACGCAUAUGCAGGGUUCCUGAAGUCUCUGCAACAGACCGCUGCUACCAAUGACUCUGAUGAGAAGGACAAAGUAGAGCAGGAGAUCAGGGACCUCGAGGCCGAGGAUGAGAAGACAUAUGCUGAACUACUGGAACUGGAAGUAGAAAAGGCAGCUCUAGAAGGGGAACUCGCAGAUCUCGAGGAAGAAAGCCGACAACUGGAGCACGAGGAAGAAGCAUUCUGGGCAUCUCGAAAUGCACAUGAGAAAGAAGUGUACGAUCUGACCACCGAACUGCAGUCACUCCAGCAGAAAUAUGCCCACGAUCAACAACAGCUCGAGAAGCUCCAGCGUACAAAUGUGUUCAAUGACACAUUCUGUAUAGGCCAUGACGGCUUGUUCGCGACCAUCAAUGGCCUCAGACUUGGACGGUUGCCGAAUCAGACCGUGGAAUGGGCUGAGAUCAACGCAGCCUGGGGUCAGACCCUCCUUCUGCUUGCAACUGUGGCCGAAAGGCUGGGCUUCUCAUUCAAAGGCUAUCGUCUGAGACCUCUGGGCAGCACAUCGCGGAUAGAGAAGUUCGACUACUCCCAACAGGCCCCUACAAGCACGCAGGCCACUGCGCCAACAAACGACAGGUCUAAAGCACCUCCCGUGAAGGUGACACCUCUCGACCUCUUCAGCAGCGGUGAGACCGCCAUUGGUAGAGUCUUCAACCACCGCAAAUUUGACACAGGCAUGGUGGCAUUUCUCGACUGCUUAGCGCAGCUCGGGGACUAUGUCAAGCAUCUGCAAGCCGAAGCGGACGGUCGCCCUGCCGUCAGCGCUGCUAGGGGAGGCACUACUGGCUCUGCCGAGACGAAGCCAGUGCUGCCAUAUGACAUCGAAGGCGACAAGAUUGGCAAUGAGGCCAAAGAUGCCCCUAUGGUAUCUAUCAAGCUCGGCGUCGGAUUCCAGCAGGACGAGAGUUUCACCAGAGCUUGUAAAUACGUCUUGACAUGCUGCAAAUUCUUGCUCGCAUACUGUAGUAACAGAGAAAGCCAGAAGAGGUGA